CCUUUUCACAAGUGAUGUUUAUAUGGAAAAGAUAAUUGUUUCCUUUGUGCUUCAAUGAAAAAAAUAAACAAUACUAAUGGAAUGACACGAGAUUAAAGUAAAUGAUCACACAGUUUUAUUUCUGGCUGAACUAGCCUUACCCUUUAAACCUACUUUAGAUUUGUUGCUUUAUGAGGAGUUACUCAGAGUGGAGAAGUUUCUGUAAUCUCCAGUAAGUGAAGCUAAAGGGUGUGUGGAGACCCCCCCCCCCCCCCCCCCAGUUUGUGAAAAUGGACACUGCUGGUGUAUUUAUAGACCAGACACGACGAGCACACGUUCUUAAGAGACCAACGGUUGCACACAUUCGUCAUAACCACAUGAUAUUUGGUUCUAGAAGCUACUGUGUCCCUUUCACAAAUUUAAACGCUUUGAGAAGAUACACAGAUGAAUCCAGAGUUCUGACCAGACGUACGCCAAGAUAAAUCCCGUAAGCUAUGGAGAAACCAGUUUUACAAACACAGCCCUCUAUGCUGCCCUUCUUCGAUGCAGCCCACGCGGUCAACUUGCUUCGUGGCAUCCAUGAGCUCCGUGCCGAGCGCAAGUUCUUCGAUGUCACGUUGUGCGCUGAAGGCAAAGAGUUCCACUGCCAUCGAACUGUGCUAGCAGCUGCCAGCACCUACUUCCGUGCCAUGUUUGCCGGUACACUGCGAGAGAGCGUCAUGGACCGUGUGGUGCUACACGAAGUAUCAGCUGAACUGUUGGGCCUCCUGGUGGACUUUUGCUACACGGGUUGCGUGACCGUCACACACGACAACGUGGACCUCCUGCUCAAGACAGCGGACCUCUUCCAGUUCCCAUCCGUCAAAGAAGCAUGCUGUGCAUUCCUGGAGCAGAGACUUGAUGUUUCCAACUGCUUGGAAAUCCUGGACUUCGCAGAGGCUUACGCCUGUUCUGAACUAGCAGCUAGCGCUCGCCGUUUCGUGCUGAGAAACAUUGUGGAGCUGGCGAAGAGCAUGGACUUUGAACGACUGUCGUGGAAGCGGCUGCUGGAGUUUGUGUCUGAUGACGGACUGUGUGUGGAUAAGGAAGAAACGGCAUACCAGAUUGCCGUGCGCUGGGUUAAAGCCGACUUGCAGCACCGGUUGCAUUACUGGCCUGAGUUGUUGCAGCAAGUACGCCUGCCGUUUGUUCGCCGUUUCUAUCUUCUGGCCCACGUAGAGAGUGAUCCACUGGUCUACUUGUCGCCAGCCUGUUUACGGUUAGUCAGCGAGGCACGCAGCUUUCAGUCUUACGAAUAUGACCGGCAUGACCGACCCAGUCAUCGAAUGCGCCCACGUCCGUCCACCGGCCUGGCCGAAAUUCUGGUGGUGGUAGGAGGAUGUGAUCAAGACUGUGAUGAGCUUGUUACUGUGGAUUGUUACAACCCACAGACCGGACAGUGGAGAUACUUAGCAGAAUUCCCAGACCACCUUGGAGGUGGCUACAGCAUAGCCGCCCUGGGCAGUGACAUAUACGUGACAGGCGGUUCAGAUGGAUCACGUCUGUAUGAUUGCGUUUGGCGAUACAACUCCAGUGUGAAUGAGUGGACGGAGGUCUCCCCCAUGCUGAAAGCCAGAGAGUACCACAGCUCCUGCGUCCUGAAGGGUCAACUCUAUGUGGUAGCCUCUGACAGCACAGAGCGUUACGAUCAUACUCUAGAUUGCUGGGAGGCCCUUCCGCCCAUGCCACAUCCCAUGGAUAACUGUUCUACUACAGCGUGUAGGGGACGACUCUACGCCAUCGGCUGUUUAACCGGAGAGGACACAAUGGCAAUUCAGUGCUACGAUGCUGAAAGCAACUGCUGGUCACUAGUGAACAAUGGAGAACUGCCUCCUUGGUCCUUUGCCCCCAAAUCAGUGACCUUAAAUGGGUUGAUCUACUUUGUAAGGGAUGAUUCGGCAGAAGUAGAUGUCUUCAACCCACAGAAAAACGAUUGGGAUAAGAUUAGUCCCAUGACACAAGUUCAUGUUGGAGGCAGUGUAGCAGCCCUGGGCGGUCGACUCUAUGUGUCCGGUGGCUAUGACGACACUUUCGAGCUAUCUGAUGUGGUGGAGGUCUACGACCCCUCUACUCGAUCUUGGACCCCAGCUGGCCGGCUCCCCCAGCCCACCUUCUGGCAUGGAAGUGUCAGCAUAUUCCGACAGUUCAUGCCUCUUGUUCCAAGCACCUUCGAACCCAUCGACAUACCUGAGGCCAACGCCAUCCACCUCCACAGACACCACCGCAACCAGGCACUUCACAACCACAACAACAAUGUCAAUCAGAACCGCAACCAAGAUGUCAAUGAAGUGCAUUGAGAACUUUUCGAAACAUGAGACUGAAGGUUAUUCAAUGUGAUGUUGCUACUAGGUGUUUUGCACUUUAUGACAUAUUCCCCUCAACUGGGCAGCAAAGGGAGCUGGUGAAUGGACAAUGUUUGCAUUAUUUCUCCCUGUAACUCAGUGUUACUACAGCUUUAAUUGUUGCAUGCAUUUCUAAUGCUGACUGUGUUUACCUUGAACAGAGACUGACUGAUGAAAUAGUGAAAUCAUGUUUGGCGAAUAUCAAGCAAUCCAUACCAUGGAAAUUGCAUGAAGGUUAUGAUCAUUUUUCUUUUUUAAUUUAUUUUAUAAUUCAGCAUGGACCUCCUAAAGUGAUCUACAGCAUUGCAACUUCAAGUCAACAUCCACAAAAAAUAUAAUACAAAU